AUGCGCUGCGACGUAAAGCUCGAGUUCCCGGUGCGCGACGUCGCCGAGGUACGGGUCUACCGGAGCGACUGCGCGCUGCUCGUCCGGCUGUCGGCCUCGCCCCUGGUGCAUUACCGCACGGCAGACGGCGAUGACAUCCAUACUCCGGUGCCGGUCGACUUCGACCUGCCGGACGACGACGACCCAUGGAUACGGACCGGUGACUUCACGCGGAGCGGCGCUAUCGGGCGGUGCUGGGUGUACAGGAUCAAGAUCUCGCCACGUCGAUUAAUGAAGAUGGACCGCGCACUGGCGUACUUGGAGCAGCAGGGGGUAGCGAUCAUGGAGUGCGGUUCAUGCUACUCAGGGUUGCCCCUCACCGUACGCGCCGAGCAUCCAGACUUCUUCUGCUGUGUACAGGAGGCAGAGGGGCUCACGUUCCCGGUGUUGUUCCUGGUGAAUGUAUUGGUGCACAAGGGGAUCAUCAACCAGCACCAGCUCACGCCGGAGUUCCUCGGCUUGUUGAGGGGAAGCAGAGACGAUGAUGACAAUGUGGCCGCUUUGAAGGAUUUCUGGGGGGACAAGCUGCCAGUGUUUGACGCAUGCCGGAGGCUAACCAAAGCCCUAGACAGAGUUAGCCCUAAGCUUCUCGGGCGUGGCAUGGAUGCGUGUCACAAUCACACUGUGGGGGUUCGGCGGCUGGUGAUCACGCCCACCAGGGCCUACUGCUUACCACCAGAAGAAGAGCUUUCAAACCGAUUGCUACGGCAUUACCACCAUGUGGCGGACAGGUUCUUGAGAGUUACGUUCAUGGACGAGGCGAUGGAGCCGCUCAACAACAACUCACUCAACUUUUACGCCGCGCCGAUCCUCCGGGAGUUGAUGUCGGACUCAUUCAAGGAGAAGACCACGGUGCAAAUGCGGGUCAGGACGGUCAUGACAAAAGGUUUCCAAAUGUGUGGGAGAAAGUACUCCCUGCUCGCCUUCUCGCCGAACCAGCUGAGGGAUAGAUCAGCGUGGUUCUUCGCCGAGGACGGUAACACUACGGUGGAGAGCAUCAGGGGGUGGAUGGGAAGGUUCACUUGCAGAAACGUAGCCAAGCAUGCCGCUCGGAUGGGGCAGUGCUUCUCAUCCUCCUAUGCCACCGUCACCGUUCAGCCGCAUGAGGUGAACGAGAAUCUUGCCGACGUUGAGCGCAAUGGCUACACUUUCUCAGACGGAAUCGGCAAGAUUGUGCCAGACCUUGCAAUGGAGGUCGCCCAGAGGCUGCAGCUCACGGCCGACCCUCCACCAUCUGCUUACCAGAUCAGGUUUGGUGGCUACAAGGGCGUGAUAGCAGUGUGGCAGGGAGAUAGUGAUGACGGGAUACGCUUGUCCUUGAGGCCGAGCAUGAAGAAGUUCGACUCUCAUCAUAACGUUAUAGAGGUGCUUGCCUGGACAAGGUUCCAGCCAGGGUUCCUUAACCGCCAAAUAAUUGUGCUGCUCUCGUCAAUGGGCGUCUCGGAUGCCGUCUUUUGGCGAAUGCAGAAGAGCAUGGUGGGAAAUCUUGAAAAGAUCUUCACUGACAGUGAGGUAGCCUUGGAGACAAUAACGAGGUCAUGUAGUCCUGAGAAUGCAAACAAGGCGGCGCGGAUGCUAAGCGCCGGGUUUAGUCCCAGAACUGAGCCACACUUGAGGGCCAUGCUAUCCGCGAUCAGAUCUGCACAGCUUCAUGAUCUUCGGGAGAAAUCGAGGAUCUUCGUGCCAAAAGGAAGGUGGUUGAUUGGCUGCCUCGAUGAGCUUGGGAUCCUCAAAUAUGGACAGUGCUUCAUCCGUGCCUCGGCUCCGUGGCUUGAUCCAUGUUUUGUCAAGCAUGGUCCAAAGAUCAUCGUUGGCACUGUAGUAGUUGCAAAGAAUCCAUGCUAUCAUCCAGGAGAUGUCCGGAUACUGGAAGCAGUCGAUGUGCCUGAGCUGCGCCACCUGGUUGAUUGUUUGGUCUUUCCGCAAAAUGGUGAGAGGCCACAUCCGGAUGAAGCAUCAGGGAGUGAUCUUGAUGGCGAUAUCUACUUCGUCACAUGGGAUGAACAACUUAUACCUCCACGCAAACAGAGCUGGAAACCAAUGGACUAUUCCCCACCUAAAGUGAAAUUGCUCCGACGUGAAGUAACUCAAAAUGAUACCGUUGAUUUCUUCUUGGAGAACAUGGUGAGUGACAAUCUUGGUAUGAUCUCCAAUGCUCAUGUUGUUCAUGCUGAUCUCAGUGAACAUGGAGCAAUGGAUGAGAAGUGCAUCUUCUUAGCUCAACUAGCAGCAACUGCUGUAGACUUCCCCAAGACAGGGAAAUUUGUCGCGAUGCCAUGUCAUCUUAGGCCAAAAAUUUACCCAGACUUUCUACUGAAGGAAGAUUCGAAAUCAUAUAAAUCUGAGAAGAUUCUUGGAAGACUUUAUCGGUCAAUCCAAGAAGCCUCCGGUGCCGAUUGGGUUUCUCACGAAGCUUGGACCCUACACGAUCUGCCUUAUGACACUUGUCUAGAAGUUACCGGGGCAUCAGAUUUCCUUGUGAGUGCAUGGCAGUGCAAAUGCUUAUAUGAUAGGCAGCUGAACGCACUGCUAAAUCAAUACGGGGUCCGCACCGAAGCUGAACUUGUGACAGGGCACAUCUGGUCCAUUCCCAGGAACAACUGCAGAAAGCUAGUGGAUGUAAAGGACAGGCUCAAGAAUGCGUACAAUGCGUUGCAGAAGGAGUAUUGGUCUGUCUUCCAAAGACUCGCAUCAUAUGAGGCUGAGAAUUUCAAUGACGAUGAGAAGGAUUGGCUGUAUGAAAUGAAGGCCUCUGCGUGGUACCAGGUAACCUAUCACCCCAAAUGGACUGAGAAGUCGAGGGCCUUACUGGAUCCAGAUGAUGAAGAAAGAAUGCCGGUGAGGCUUAGCUUUGCAUGGAUCGCGGUGGAUUACUUGGCGCGCAUAAAGAUAAGGUGCCAUGGAGGAAUGGAAGUUGGAGGACGAAGGCCAGCUGGAAGGCUGGCGGCGUAAAUUUCUAAGAGAAUAUGAGGACCGACCUUGAUGCAAGAUUGCAGCAAGACCACUCUGCCAUUUUAUCUUUACGGCUCCAUUUGAAGUAUGCCUAGCAUUGCCCAGUUUGUCACCAUUCUGGGUCAAUUAUGUUGUUUUGAUGCUGAACUUAUUAGUCCAAGAAUGUUUGUACCUACCAACAUUCUCUUGUUUCUGCCGUAUAUAUCGAUGUUUGGCUUGUGAUGGCUGGCUGUUUCUGUGUGAAGUGCAGCGUGUGAAAUUAAUUAGUGUAUCCAUAUAUGUAAGACUGCCUGAAUCUGCGCGAUGUAUACUUGAGAGAACAGUAAA